GGCUUUGGACUAAAAUAAGAUUCGUUGAUCAAUGUUAUUAUAUAUUUUUGUUAAUUAUGAGGAAUAUUUAGACUGCUUAUACUAGAAGAAUGUGCAUAUCGUUUAUUCGGCAAUAAAUAAUGAAGGAGUGAAAAUGGGGAGCCAGUGUUGCAAGUGUUCAAAUGGAAAAAAUCAGCACGAAGUCACACGAAGUAGACCAACAAGUAUAAAUAUUCGAUUUCAUGGAAACCAGGAGAUAUCAACAUUUCGCUAUAAAUUUCGACCGGAUGAAAAUAUCGACCCAUAUAAAUCGAAGACAUCGAGGAGGCAUUAUAUCAGCUACCAUCCUUGUAUAACUGACAUUCUGGAAAAUAAAUAUUCUUCAGCCAAUGAUGUUGAUGAAAUGCCACAACGAAUCAAACCAAUGAAUAACAACGGCAUUUUGUGGGAGCCCCAAAAAAGUGAUCCACCAACCUUCAUUAGAAAACUUAGUGAUUUGGCUGUAAAAAUUGGCACAAGAACACGAUUUCUUGUCGAAAUUCAGAGCACUUCAUGUACCAAGGUGACAUGGCACAGAAAUGAUGAACCCAUUCAGCUUGGGUCACAUUUUUCACUUAUUCAUGAAGGGAAUUUUCACUGCAUCGAUGUGGCACCAGUCACUAUUGAAGACGAAGGCUAUUGGACUUGUAUUGCUGAAAAUGAUAGUGGACGAUCAUCCUGCAGUUGUUUCUUAAAUGUACUCAUACCAAAAGCCUACAAAAAACCCCAUUUUAUUGAAGAAUUGCGAGCGCUUUUGACAGAAAGUGGGAGUGUUUCCCUAGAGUGCAAAGUACUCGGGGUUCCAACUCCAGUAUUGAAAUGGUUCAAGGACGGAAAAGAAAUGAAAGCUGGAGAUAUUUUUGCUUUAACUGCAUCCUCUGAAGACUCUACAUCCCUAGGUAUAUACCGAUGCGAAGCUGUCAAUUGUAUGGGGGUCGCCUGUUCUUCCUCAAAAGUUCAUGUUAUUGAUUCAGAAGAUGAUGAAAAAUCAAAUUUAUCCAUAAAAUCCUCAGGACAAUUACCAAUAUUUAAAAAAUACUUGAAGAAUGAGUCAUGUAAAAUUGGUGAAAAUCUGGUACUAUCUUGUGAAAUUCAAGUACCACCUUGGCCAAAAGAGGUUGCAUGGUAUAAUGAAAGAGGCCGUGUAGAAUCUAAUGAAAAAUAUCAGAUCGUAGAAGAUGGAUUGGGAGUAUAUUCAAUUGAAAUUCAGGAUCUUGAAGCAAUCGACAAAGGUGAAUGGAAGUGCGUUGCAACGAGCUUUGAAAAUAUUAAACAAUUGACAACAUGUAAUAUCUCCAUGUUGAUUCCAAAAAAUUAUAGGAUUCCGCGAUUUAUGGAGGAUCUUCGAGCAAUUCUCACAGAAGAAGGUUUAGUAUCAUUUGAAUGCAAAGUAGUUGGAUUUCCAACACCUAUAUUAAAAUGGUUCAAGGAUGGUGAAGAAUUAAAACCAGGCGAUGUUUAUCAAUUAACGGGAACAAAUUCUUUGGGUUCAUAUUGCUGUAUCGCAAGAAAUUGUAUGGGUGAAGCGAAAAGUACAGCUGAACUCACUAUUGAAGAUAUCGACAAGCAGCUCAAUGAAGAAGAGCGUUUACAAUUAGUCAAGGAAUGUACUCAAGUACCCAAAUUCAAGAUGGGUCUCAAAUGUUGUGAAGCAAAAAUUGAUGAAAAUUUCACAUUUUCUGUUCGAAUUGAUGUAACAUUAUCAUCAGAACCAUCAAUUUCCUGGUACCGUAAUAAUGAAUUGAUAACUGAAGAUGUCAAAUAUAAAUUGAUCAAGAGCACAUUGGGUAAUUUUCAUUUAGAAAUUACGAAUUUGGAAUUGAUUGAUCAAGCACAAUGGAAAUGUUUAGCUGAAAAUGAUUUUGGUCACAGUGUUACAUCAUGUUUUCUGAAACUUAUUAUCCCAAAACAUUUUAGAAAACCAAAAUAUCUGGAGAAUCUCAAAGCCGUGCUUUCUGAGGAUGGGACAGUUAGCCUCGAGUGCAAAGUCAUAGGAGUUCCUCAACCUGCCCUCACGUGGUACAAAGAUGGUAUUGAACUCAAACCCGGAGAUAUUCACAGAAUUAUAUCAGGUGGGAAUGGUACAUGUUGCUUAGGUACAUAUACUUGUCGAGCCACUAAUUGUAUGGGAUCAGUGAGCAGUUCAGCAUCUCUGGUUGGUAUCGCAAAUGAAACAAAACAAGUGCAAAGACAAGAAAAUGAACAACUUGAAACAUCAGCAAAGAACGUUUCGCUAUCUACAAUUCACGAAGAGCGAACUUCUCAAUUGUAUGAUACACCUCAAACUGAAAAUUCAGUAACUUUAGAUGAUCAUGGAGAAAUUUCGUUUAGUUUCGAUGGAAAAGAAAUUUCAGUCAGCCUCUACGAAACUCCAGAUUUAACUGAGGAAGAUGCUAUUCAAAUUGUCGAAAUGUACGCAAAUCAAUUAUCCGAGCACAUAAGUGAGGGCGAUGUCAUAGAACUUCCACCAAUGCGUUUUACCAAAGAAACGUCAACUACCGGUAAUUUACUAAUGGAAGCAGUUGUCAUUGAUGUUUCACCUGACUAUUUCAUUCGAAAUGAAAAGUUUGAAGAUCUCCGUACGGAGGUAGAUGUUGAAGAUGUUUCAAUAAUGGAUGAUCAUUCACAAAGUAAUAUAUCAUCUUAUUCGUCAGCAAUAGGGGGACAAUCCCCUUUAAGACCACUGAGAAAAAGACAAAAAUCUAUGGAAAGUAGCUCAUCAAAAAGCGAUCAUAGUAAAAAAAGCCACCGCAAAUCAAUAAAAACCUUGGAUUUAUCAGAUGAUUAUCACAGUGCUAACGAGCCAUUAUCUAUGGAAGGGCAAUUUUCACUUGCCAAUGAAAAUAUUAGCACUUAUGCUUCUGACGGUGAUGUAUUAUCAGCGGCUUUUUCCGAAAAAAAUUCUCUCAACAGCAACGAAACGAAUAGUGAUGUCAAUGGAGCAUUACAAGCGACGAAUCUUCAAUCAGUUACUGUGGAUAUCACUGACAAUGAUGCUAUCAUUCCAAAACCUUCCAGCAACCCGUCUGAGAUACCCUACACACCCAUUGAUUUGAAGAGAAUAAAUAUCGCAAUGUCGGCUCUAGAACAGGCAAUUCAAAAAAUUUUUCUCCUAAAAGAGGAAAAUGAUGAUUCAGGGAUAUUCAUUAUUGCUGAAAAACUUGAAAUUAUUUACCAGUGUCUUCAUCCAUUCAUGUCUAGUGUUCGUUCAGAUAGAUCAUAUGGAAUUAUUGAAAAUUAUAUCAACGAACUUGUCAUUACAACUCUAACUGAACCAUUAGAAGACCUUGCCGAAAUAACAAUAUAUUUUUGUUCAUCGCCGCUCACCAACCAAAGUUUAUUGAAUGAUUUCGAAAAAGUUGCAAAAGACUUUCAACUAAAACUCGAAACAUUAGUCGUAGCUUUGAAAACAUAUGAAAAUGAAUUCUCUGAGAAAGAUAUUACAGAAAAUUAUAGACAGUUAGUGCGACACCUAUAUUGUAUUAUGAAUGACAUUUCCAACAUAUUAUUGGAAACAUUGUCAAAUAAUAAUACGAUGGGAGAGAAAAUUUUGCAUUCAACACCUGAGAAUAACGAAAGUAAAACUGACAUAUUUGAUAAAGAUCAUGGAGAAUUCCCAGAAACAAUUGAUCAAGUAUCUCUAAUAUUGAGCAGCAUACAUUUCGAAUUGUCCUCCAUAUUGGAGAGAGCAUCGGCUAAUAGCUUUGCUGCAAUUAAUAAACCCGAAACAUCACCGAAUUUUAUAGAUAGUAUCGAAGACCUACGGCAAUGCAUUGGUGACAUUACAAUUACUUUAGCGACAUCAGUACGUCAUGUUGAUGAUAUGUCAGAGAAUACUUACGAUUAUGUGGCAAAUGAAUUCAAAAAGUUGCGAGUUCCUCUAAGUCAUUUGCAAGAAAACCUUUCAACUCGAGAAUAUCAACCAGAGGAAAUAUAUAUAUUAAAGGAUAUGAUGAGCCCUAUAAGUAACUUGAAAACAGUAAUUCUAAACCUUACCAAGAAACACCAUUCCGAGCUUGGAAUAAUUCAAUUAUUAGAAAUCAUAGAGAGACAUGUAGCUUUGGUUGCCAUUACUUCUUCCAAUGAAACUUUGAUUGACGAAGUUGAGAAAACUGAAGGGAUUUCUCCAUCAUUACAAAAGGAACAAAGGGAAGAAGAACUGACAAAAUCAACUAUGAAUAUGAAUCUUGAAGAGUGCAUAAACUCAGAAACAGUCUCAGAUUUGGCUCGAGCUGAAAAAUUACACCUGUGGGCAUUGACAAUUCUAGAACCAUUAAAUCGUCUAGCUAAUACAGCACUAUCACUGGACAAAUUGACUGACGAUGAAGUACAUACACUUCUCUAUAAGCCCUUGGAUGCACUGGUCAAACAGAUCGGCCUAAUCAAAUCUCAAAUAAAUCAGGUGACUAAACAAUCAUUAGAAAAUGACGUGGAGACAAUCUGUGAAGAAUUUUUACGAACAGCUGACCAAUUAUGUAAUGUCAUAGGAAUCAUCAUUGAAAUUUGGCGAAAAGAAUCAACAAAACCUGUGGUGAGGCAAAAUCUUGAAGAAUUCCUAUAUUCAGCUUCUGAUUUAUGUGAACAAUAUAAAUUCCUUCAAGAGAAACUAAUUGUACAAACACUAAAGAGCUGUUCUGAAGACCAAAAAACGAAUACCCCCGUCAUUGAAAGUAUCAUAGCAGUAAUAGAGUCUCUUCAGAGCAUUAAUGAUACUAUUAAAAUAACACUCAAUACUACGACACUUGAAACGGUUACUAAAGAGAAUUUAUCUAUGGGUAUUUCCAUGGAUAAUGAGAAACAGAUAAAAUACAAAGAUAUUGAGAACUUGAAUAAUCACUCUUGGAUCGAAAAGCCUUCGCAGGUGAUAGAAAACAUUUUUGAUAUACAAGACUCAUUGCAAUCAGAGCAAGUAUCGACUGAAUGUCCUCCAUAUUCAUCGGUCCCUCUUCACACUACGUCUAUCGGCCAUGAAAUUUCACCAGAUAUCAUGCCUCGGAUUAACCAAGAAAAAACUCCGAAAAUAGCUCACUACAAUGAACCAUUAGAGACCAAAAAAAGAGAGAUACAAGUUGAAAAAUUAUAUGAAUCAUUACCACCAAAUUCUACAAGUAAAAUUAGUGAGAAAUCAGAAAUUAUGAAGAAUCUAGUUGAAGAUACAACCCACAAAACUUUUCCUAUCCAUGAUGCAUUAGCAAAUUCUCAAAUUGCGAAUAAUUCAAUGAUAGAUUAUCCAUCCAAUUAUGCUUUUGAACGAGCGCAAAUUUCAUCUGAUGUUGAAAUUCUCGAAGAUUUUCAGGUAUCAUUAGAAAGCAGUAUUGAUCGUAUUGUAGAAGACGAAUUGGAUCGUCAAGGUAGACUAGAUUGUGCAUCUGUCGAUUUCAUCAAACUUGUUCAAGACAAAGUGCAUGUCACUAUAUCAGCAAACUCUAACAUAAAUCGACAAUCAACAUUGGAAGAUAUGGUUCGUGAUAUCACUGUGGAACAACUUCAAACUGUCAAAUCAAAUGAGAAUGAGACCACCAAUGAUAAUAUCGAUAUUUCAUUUCCACCCUUGCCUGAGCAGGGAUCAAAUCGUACUUUGGUAAAACCGUUACAAACCAUGCAAAAUAUUCUAUGUAUCAAUGAAGAGGGUACAACGGAAGAAAAGCCCCAGGGCAAAGAAUUAUAUCAAUCAUUAAUGCCAGAUUCAACUCUGACGAUUAUUGAAGAAUCAAAGACAAUGAAAAAUUCAGAUAUAAAGAAUGAUGAUGAGAAAAAAUUGAUUAACUCAACUUUGCUCAGUCAGGAAGCAUUGGUAGACUCCCAAAUUGUGAAUAAACCAAUUAUGAAUACUUCACAAAAUUAUGCACUAGAACAAGUCCAAAAACCAGUAGAAAAUAAUGUUUCCCAAGAUUUCCAAGUGUCAUUACGAGAUCAUAUUACAUUCAUUAUAGAGGACGAAUUAGAUCGUCAAGGCGCACGAAAGUGUGGAUCGAUUGGUUUCAUUAAUCAUGUUCAGGAAAAAGUGCAUAUCAUAAUGUCGAAACGUUUUGAUAUAAAUCAGAAAUCAAUAUUGGAAGAGAUGGUUCGUGAUGUCACCGUGGAAGAGCUCCAAACUAUCAAAUCCGAAAAUAAUGAAGUAGUUAUCAAUGAUAAUCAUUGUAUGCCGUCCACACUUGUGUCUGAACAAAAAUCAGCCAAUAUUUUGAUAGAAUCGUCACAAGUCAUGGAAUCGAUACUGUGUCUUAAUGAAAAAGAGCCGGAAGAAAUUUUUCAUAAUGAAUUAGAGAAAGCAAGAGAGGAAGUGCAAGGAACAGAAUUAUGUGAAUUAUUACCACCACCAGAUUGUGUACAAAGAUUUCAUGAAAAAUCUAAUCCUAUUGAAAGUUUAGAGAGAAAUCAUGAAAUAGAUGAACCAAUCAAAGAAACAUUUACCACCCAUGAGCCAACACAAGAUUUUCAAAUUCUAAAUAACCUAAUAAAGGACAAUUCAUCAAAUUAUAAGCUAGAACAAAUGAACAUUUUACCUAAUGUUGCGCAUGACAAUGAUGCAAGAGAAAACAAGUGUCUCGAAGGUUCUGAAUUAUCAUUAGAAAGUCAUAUUACUCAAAUUAUAGAGGACGAAUUGAAGCGUCAAAGUAAGCCAGAGUGUGAGUCGAUUGAUUUAAUCAAACUGAUUGAGGCAAAAGUGCAUGCCACCGUAUCAAAAUUUUCUAAUUUAGAUCAGCAGUUAUUAUUCGAGGAGACGGUUCGGGAUAUCACUGUGAAAGAGUUGCAAUGUAUUAAAUCACAUAACAACAAAGGUACCGACGACAAUUUCAAUACUCCAUCGAUACUCGUACGUGAGACAAAAAAAGAUGAUAAGCCCACACAACAGUUGGAAAUUAUUCAGAAUUUAAUCCAUAUUAAUGACAAAGAGUUUCAGGGCAUGGGUGAUGAUGAAUCAUUUGAAACAACGAAAGAAAAGAGACAGGCCAAUAAAUUAUGUGAAUUAUUACCAUUAGAAUGCGCGCCAACAAUUGUUGACAAAUCCGAAGCCAUUAAUAAUUGCAUGAGAAAUGAUGAAAUAGAAGAAUCCAUCAAUGAAACAUUUACUGUUCUUGAAAGAUUAGAAGAUGUUCCACUCAUAAAUGAACCAAAUAUGAAAAAAUCUUUUACUGAUGUACCAGAACAAACGCAAGUUUCACUUGACGCAGAGAACAAUGAAGUUGGACCAAGUUUCGAGACAUCAUUAAAAAGUGAUAUUAAACACAUUAUAGAGGAGGAAUUGGAUCAUCAAGAUGCACUACAGCAUGCAUCGAUCAAUUUCAUCAAACUCAUUCAAGACAAAGUUCAGGUCACUAUAUCACAAAAUCUCAAUGUAGAUCAGCACUCACUAAUGGAAGAGCUAGUUCGUGAUAUAAUUGUAGAAGAGCUUCAAUCUAUCAAAUUAAGGGAGAAUACAACUGAAAAUAAGACUGCCAGUAAUGAAUCAUUAUCAUUACCUGAAUAUGUAGCAGCUGAUGAUUCCAUGCACCCCAUCAAAUGCAAGGAAUUUGGUGCAGCAAAUCAAUCAAAUGUGUCGUAUGAUGGGCCUACAUGUGAAAAAAUCAUUGAAGAUUGUCAGUUUGAUAAUAGUAAUAAGAUGGCACGUAAUACAUUUGAAAAUAAAGAAACGGAUAAUGAGGAUAAUGAAAAAUUCAGCUUCAUACCUAACGAGAUUAGUCUCAACGACCAGAUCAGAAAAUUAAUCUCAAUAGAAUUACGGAAUACCAUCGUGAAUUGGAUUGAGGAAAAAAAACUUGUUGGUGGUAUUAAACAUAAUAUUGAAAAAAGUAGUCUAUCAAUAUUCAAUAAGGGAAUUUCUCUCGAAAAUAUUACAUCAUCAAUCCAGAAUGAAUUUGAGAAACAACUAAUGAGUAUUUUUGGAAUUGAGAGCUUUCUGCCGAAAACAAGUGAAUACAAUUCUGAAACAAUCACAGAUAUAAUACUCAAGCAUAAAAUCGAGGAGCUAGUCAUCGCCACGUUCGAAGUAAUAUUGGAAGAAUCAGCGAGCCAAAAAACAUUAAUAGAGACUAUCAAAUAUAACAUAAAGGAAAUUAUGAAAAACGAUGGAAAGUUUUUCCAUCAUUCAAUAUCUGAUAGAAAUAUCGAACAACUUAUCAUUAUGGAAUUGGCAAUGCGAAAAAAACAAAUUUUUAAACGUAACAAUAAUCCAGAACUACAACAAAUUUGGCCAAUGGAAAUAUCCAUGGAUGAUAGUAAUGAAAAUGUAACCAAGGAGUUGGUCGUACGCGAUGUGGAACAAACAUUUGUUAAAGUGUCUCAGGAUGAUGGACAGAAAGAAUGGAUCAAGUCAAUAAAUCAUGUAACAAUUUUAAACAACCCAUUGGUUUUCCAUUGUCAAUUUUCAGAUCAUAGCCUAGAAGAGUUGAGUUCAAUGGGAUCAGAAAUCCAAAUUGUCAAUGCGGCUCAAUCUUGCGAUCAUGAUGAACUACAAAACAUUAGACCGACCACAAGUAUUACUGAUAUCGCUCUUGGAGAGGCCAUUGAACCGCUGAUAAUAUCUAAGCUCGAAAGUCAAUCUGCUAAAAAGAUUGAACUAGAGCAAUACAUAGAUCCUCUCAAGCCCACCUCCCAAUCAAUCAUUUUACAAAACCCAGUAACUUCAAGUCAAUGCAUACAUGAAGAAUGCACCCAAGAUCUUGAAAUUGCUGAAUUAAAAAAACCUGAAGCCAACGUUGUGACGAGUGAUGCUUCUAUGACCUUGGGAAGAGAACUCAUAGAAAAUAUUUCCGAUUUCACACCUACAGCCAUAAUACUCGGACGACCUAGUACCGUGGACAUUGAAUUUCUGUGGGAAAUUCCAAAAGAUGCAGUGAGCUCUGAAGCGUUCGAUCAUCAUAUUGCUGCUCUUCAUCAAAAUGAUGUCCUACAGGCUGCAUCACAACGUCAGCAACAAAUUUUCAAUUGUCCGCAAACAUUUGACGAAAUGAUUCCCAAUGAAUAUACUCAAAAUAUGAUGGAAAAUUAUCCAAUAGAUUCAAAUGUAGUAGUUGCAGAUAUGGAUUCUUCCAAUACCGCAUCACAACAUCAAGUAAACGUGCAGAUAUGGCAACCUGGACUGGUGGUGACAGAUGAAGCCCACAAUCCAGAUAAUGGAAAUAUACCUGAAAAAAAUCAUCCGAAUUAUAUAAAAAAAUCAAUUGAAGAUGAAAACGGAAAGUUAUCAGAGGGACUAUUACCAGUAUGUGGAGAACAAUCCUCUGGAGAUUAUUUUCACAAGGACCAUAAUGAUAAAAUUCACUCGAAGAAAAUACUUUCUGCAGACAAUAGACAUGUUUUGAAUUUUGUAGAGGCUAUAAAAGAAUUGAACAUUACAGAUAAGACUGCUGACGACAAUCCAUUAUGCACAAUCAAAAGUGUAGGAGGUACGGAAAUUGCAGAAUCCAGUCUCUCCUGUGGAAUAUCUGAAGAAUGGAUUCAAGAUAUUAUAUUGACAGAGUUCAAUAAAGGAAAAAUAGAACCUCUCAUGAUGACAAAGGCUCAUGUAAAUGACUUUAUAAUGGAUAUUUACGAAAACAUUCAUGAAAAAUUGGAAAAAAUGUAUCCAAAAGAUAUGCUGGAAUAUAGCAAGUGCUUGGUAUUGGAGAGAUUACAUGAAUUGAUAAUGAAUGAAAUAAGUACAAUGACAAUAAGAAAAUUGGAAGAACCGUCAAAAUAUAAGAGAGAUCACUCGAUCAAUUUACAUGUUGAUGAUGUGGAAAUAAAACCAGAACCAAUCAAUAUCAUGGGUGUGUAUGAUGGCGAGAUAAGGAAUAUGAACAUAUCUAAUGAAGAAGUGGUUGAAAAUUUUGAAAAAAAUGAUCGCGAAACAGUGAAUGGUAGUGCAGAAAAUUUGGAAAAAACGGCAAUAGACCAAAAGAAAUUAGAAGAAAUUUUAAAUUCUCAGCAAGAUGAAAAGUCGCACGAAAUAUCAGGAGGCACAUAUGGAGAGUCCGAUCUCAGUAAUAUUCAGCAACAAAUGACAUCAAUGCCAUCAGCAACAAAUGAUAAAUUGUCGAAGAGACAAGUAGUAGAACCAAACGACUGCUCAAUAAAACCCGACAAACAAUUAAAAACGAGUAAUAUUAUGCUUGAUAUAGAGUCAAAAAAUAUACUUUCCAAAGAUAAAGUGAAAGAUGUGAUAGAAAAGCACGAUGAAGUUUUAAAUGAUAUUUCUAAAAGCAAUAAUGAACAACAAUUGACAGUGAAUAAUGAAAGAGACUUUAUGAGAGAGAAAAAUUUGGUUGACGCAAAUGUAAAAGAAAAUCAAGUCUCAAGAAAAGAAGCUAUUCCCAGCAAUUCAUACGAAGAUGAAGCACGUGUAAAAAGACAAAACAGACAGAAGAGUCGAAUGAAUGAACAGAAGUUAUUUGAAUCUCACGAUACAAUGAACAAUGAAAUUCACCAAGUACAUGAAGAUUAUGAGCAAUCACAUACUGAACGAGAAAUUUUAAACAGAAGUGAAAAAGUCAAGAAAAUUGGUUAUACUAAAACAAAAGAGGCAGAUAAUAUACCGCAAAUCUUGGAAAGAAAUGUUGAGACGAUGGAAAAACUAACGAGAAAUCAAAUCCCUCCUUCUGAAGCAACAGAUAAACUGGAAAGCAGUCAAUAUAUUGGAAUUGGACUAAAACAACGAUACAUGUCUGAUAUAGAAUCAUAUAACGAAGACUUACUUUCGAAAUUGGAUUUGGGGGAGACUAACGUAACUAUAAAUUCAGAGUCAUCAGAAUCCUCGGUAUCAAAUAUGAUCUUAGGAGAAUUGAAAGAACGAGACACUUCAAGCUUUCUACCGUCAAUAUCAAUUGACAUCGACGAAUUCAUGACGAAUGAUCGAUCCCAAUAUUCUGAUCUCUCAGACAAAAAAUUGGAUCGAUAUCAAAAGUCUGAUGCUGAUAGGGAAUACUUACCUGGCCCAAGAAAUAAAGGGAAAAAACCGAUUUUCUGUAUGAAAUUAAUAGACCGAACUGCAGCUGCAGAAUCAAGAAUAAAAUUGACUUGUACAGUACUCGGUGAUCCUGAACCUUUUAUGCUGUGGAUGCACAAUAGUAGAGAACUAUUGCAAACGAGUAACCGAUAUUGCAUAACGAACGAUAAUGGAGUAGUAUCUUUGGAAAUUUAUUCAGUAAGACCUCAAGAUUCUGGAGAUUAUACCUGUAGUGCUAAAAAUAUUUACGGUGAAGCAUACACUGAAGCUAAAUUGAAAGUUUACGCUGGCUAUGAAUCUACACAGUUAUUGCCUAUCUUCACAAGACCGAUGAAAGAUACAUUCAAGUUCGGUGACGAUAAACUCGUUCUGGAGUGUAGAGUGAGAGCUCAACCUCCACCGGUCAUAACGUGGUUGAAAGAUGGAAAAAUUAUAGAAAUGAACGACAGAUACAGACAAAGUGAUCUAGCAGAAGGAAUAUGUCGCUUACAAAUAUCCAAUCCAGGUGAUUAUGAUAAUGGUCUGUACACAUGCAGAGCAGAGAAUAAAUCUGGCUUCAGUGAAUGCAAUUCUCAUUUUACAUAUCAUGACAAUGCAGUUACUCCAAAUUCUGACGGAGCGAGUAUGAGGACUCAUAAAAAAAGACCUAUUUUAACUACUGAAAUGCAUUCCACUAUGGGUUAUGACAUGUAUUCAUCCAGUCUGCUGAGUUCUGAUUCAUCUGAUUUUGAGCGUUCCAACGAUACCUAUCGAACAGAUAAGACGUUUGGUAAUAUUGAAUAUGGUAAUGUAAAGUUUGACGGAGGAUACUUAUACUUGAGAGAAAACGGAAAGCCAGCCACAUUUAUAUCACGUCCCGUUGACAAGGUAAUCAAUGCUUGCGUUGGAGAAGAUGUCAGUUUAUCAUUCAGAGUAGGUGGAGUACCUAAGCCAAAAGUGAUUUUGAUGAAGGGACUGGUAGAUAUCACGAACGGCGCUAGAUCGUACAAAGAAAGUCAUGAUGAUUAUGUUAGAAUUACAUUCAAGAGGAUUGAGUAUCAGGAUGAGGGAACAUACUGUAUUCUUGUUAAAAAUCGUUAUGGCUAUGAUCGUAGUUUCUUCACGAUCAGGAUUAAACAACGUGCAAGGUCAUUAACGCCAGCAAGAUCAACAGAAUGGAAUUUCGAGAAUAUGAAUAAGUACCUGAGUCAUAGUCACGAGCCAAAGCCAUCAGAAUUCAAAUUCAUACCAGGUCCUAUCUCUAGUGAACCCGUAGUGAUCGACGGUGGAAAAACAUGGUUGGCUUUAUCCUGGGGUAAAGCUGAACAACGAGGACCAGCAUCAAUUAUCGCUUACCGAGUUGAUGCAUGGUUACUUGGUGGUGAUUGUGGAGCCCGAUGGAUAGAGCUCGGAGUAACAUCAACCAAUUCAUUUGAUGCCUUCAAUUUGUGUCCCGGCAAAGAAUAUAAAUUUAGAAUUACACCAAGAAAUCAAUAUGGAUGGGGAGAAUCUGUAACUAUGACGAAUUCUGUCAUUGUAAAAGAAAUUAUAAAAUUUCCCGAAUUUUCAAAAAUGUUGCCAAGUCAAUUGAAAGCACUCGAAGGGACGACGUUGAAAUUAGAUUGCGAGAUUAAUAAUAAUAAAUCUUCCACUCACAUACGAUGGUACAAAGAUAGUGCCGAACUCGAUGGAACACAUGAUCCAAGAUUCAUCAUCCAUAAUAUCGAUUCAAAAUGCUCUUUGUCAAUUGUUGAUAUCAAAGAAAUUGAUUCGGGUAGAUAUGUUUGUGAUGCUACAAACGUUGCUGGAAGGGUAUCAACUUUUGCAAGAGUGCAAGUCGUUACUGAUCCCAAGAUUGCCGAUGCAGAUGAAAAAUUACGAACGAUGAGAACAAUCGAUAGUAUGAGUGAAGAGCGAUCACCAGAAUUUACGAUGAGACUUCGAGAUAGACGUGUCCAAGCAACAUAUCCCGUGAGAUUAACAUGUCAAGUUGAUGGUAAUCCAGAGCCCGUAGUAACUUGGUAUAAAGAUGAAGAAAAAAUUGAUAUUGAAGGUAUGAAUUGUCAAGUGGAAAAUAUGAGUAUAUCGAAAGAUGAGGCCCAUUUUCAUACUUUGGAAAUAAGUCGCUCGAAAAUUGAUAAUACGGGUAAUUAUAUGGUAAGAGCGCAAAAUGUCCAUGGAUGUUUAUCAUGUCGCUGCCAUCUUAUUGUGGAUGAGGGCAUAAGGGCAUAUAUUGCUCCACAAUUUACGCACUUGCUGAAUUCAAUCUAUACUGUGAUUCAAAAUCAUGAACUUCGAAUGACUGCGCAACUAGAAGCUUAUCCCGCUGUUGGUAUUACUUGGUACCGGAAUGGAAAGCGCCUUCGUCCCAAUAGAAAUACAGUAAUGUCAUUGCAUCAUGAUGGAACUGUAGAACUGACGUUAGCUCAUGUAUCAUACAAAGAUUCUGGUUUUUAUUGUUGUAUAGCAACAAAUGAAGUAGGACAAGCCGAAAGUAAAACCCAAAUACAUGUUUUAACAAAUGGUUAUGAAAAUGAUGUUGAAAAUUCCCUUCAAUUAUCAAUGGAAAUUGGACAAUCCUCAAACAUACCGUAUUCCAAAGAGCCGGUAUUCAUUACAAAACCACUGUCAACAGAUGCUUUUGAAGGUGAUAAUAUUAUCAUUGUCUGUCAAGUUAUCGGAGAUCCUGAGCCAGAUGUUAUCUGGCUUCGCGAUUUUUUACGGCCUGAUUAUUACAAAGAUGCCCCACAUUUUCGACCAGUGGGCUUAGGCCCACAAUAUCAGCUUGAGAUUCCAUAUGCUAAGUUGGAUUUCACUGGAACAUAUUCUGUCAUAGCUAAGAAUUGUUUUGGAGAAGCUAAAGCAGUAAUAUCUCUUCAAAUUUAUGCUAGAGAUCCCGAAAGGCAAGAGAUUAAUAGGAAACAGACAGUAAAACAUAGUGAAAUACAAACAUUGCCAGUAAUUAAAAGCCCAUUGAAGAAUAUUCGAUGUUGUGAUGGAGAUGCCGUUACAUUCAUUUGUAAAGUUGAUGCUACUCCACCACCGUGUAUUCGAUGGGAAAGAGGAAAUAAGUUAGUGCCACUUCAAGAUGAUGUAAUUUUCGAUUUUGAGAAUGAAACGGCACAGUUACACAUACAACAAGUAUAUCCAGAAGAUGAAGGCGAAUACGUUUGUGUAGUUUAUAACGAUCUAGGUAGUGCAUACACGUCAGCCUGCUUGAUAGUGGAUGUACCUGAAGGUAAAGAAAUAUCUAUCAACCGAAGAUUGAAGAAGCCCAUACGUUUACUCUCUCCAAAUGCAACGCCCAUUUCAACUCCAAGGUCAACACCAAUACGGAGCCUAUCGCCGGCGUGCGUCAUGCGAGAGCCGACGCAGAAAACUGGACGACGUCCGAGAAUGCCUGCUGCACCGAAAUUUUAUGCUAUACCCCAUAAUCGUGUUGCUGAAGAAGGAGACACUAUCAGAUUCCAGUGUGCCGUCACAGGACAUCCAACACCCUGGGCAAAUUGGGACAAGGAUGGCACAACUGUUAUAUCAACUGCAAGAAUUUCUAUCAGAGAGAAGGACGAUUUGAGAAUUUUGGAAAUUGUGCAAAUCACAUAUGAAGAUGCUGGACUUUACCGAAUCACAUUAGAAAAUGACAUUGGUAGAGUCGAAGCGACUGCGCGACUUGAAGUCAUACGAGGUAAACAGGGAUCUAUAUCAAGGGGAAUUGCACAAACUUCUUCGAGACAGAUACAUUUAACUAACGAUCGCCCACAUAAUCAUGCAGCAUUGACUGCAGAGAUCAAGUGCGCAGAAUUUAAUUCUACCCAGAGUCGAAAAUAUUUGAAAAAUUUAUCCAAUCUAUCAAGCCCAUUUGAGAAUGCAUUGUCAUAUUUAAAGGAUAAAUUCGAUUCUAAAGACACUGACAAGAUACAUACUCCAGCUAUUUCAUCAGCACUUUUAGCAAUCUAUAGCAGGUUUCUAGCAGAGGCGGUGCAGUGGUUCCAUAAAGGCCAGGAGGAAAUGAUACUGAAUGAUCAUAUAAAAAUUCAAAGUAUAAUGGGUCUUUCUCACCGAACUUUGAAAAAAAUUACGUGCAAAGAAGCAGGGAAAUAUAGUAUAUGCCUUGAAGAUGCAGUUGGCAGAGAUUUAAUCGAUUCAUCAAUUGUGAUAAGCCCAAGGAGUAUCACAACAGGGAAUGGUAUACCAGCAGUAUCCGAAUGUGGUUUUCAAGUUAGUGAUAUUGGUAAAUCACAGAUCGGAAAUAUUACAAAAAACAGAAUGGACAAUUCCUCAAUGAAAACGGACGGCAUAGAUGAGGAAGAUUCCGAAGAUUUGGGUGAAACAUCACAAUCUUUCAUCGUUGAAGUGAUGCCGAGAUACAUCUUUGAUGCCCACUUUGACACCCUUGAGGAAAUUGGUAAAGGUCGAUAUGGCGUUGUUCGAAAAGUAAUCGACAAAUCGACCAAAAUACAUCGAGCAGCAAAAUUCGUUCGAACGAUUAAAGCCAAGGAUCGUCAACAAGUACUGAAAGAAAUUGAUAUUAUGAAUGCAAUGAACCAUCCUAAGCUGUUGCGAUUGAUAACUGCCUUUGAAGGUUCAAAAGAAAUGAUUAUGGUUACAGAAUAUAUCUCGGGAGGAGAAUUGUUUGAGAGGGUUGUAGCGGAUGAUUUCACAUUAACAGAAAAAGAUAGUAUACUUUUUGUCAGACAAAUUUGUGAGGGAGUUGCCUACAUGCAUGAUAAACACAUAGUACACAUGGAUUUGAAGCCAGAAAAUAUAAUGUGUCAAUCACGUACGUGCCAUCGAAUAAAAUUGAUUGAUUUUGGUUUGGCUCAAAUGCUUACACCGAAUACGCCAGUACGAGUAUUGUUUGGAACGCCAGAGUUCGUUUCUCCGGAAAUAAUUAGUUUUGAACCUAUUGGUCCAGAGUCAGACAUGUGGAGUAUCGGGGUCAUCUGUUAUGUACUAUUAACGGGACUAUCACCUUUCAUGGGUGAGAGUGAUGCAGAAACAUUCGUCAAUAUUACGCGUGCUGAUUAUGAUUUCGAUGAUGAAGCUUUCAUUGCCAUUUCCAAAGAAGCCCUUGAUUUUAUCAGUUCACUUUUAAUUAAGAAAAAAGAAUUGCGAAGAUCGGCAAGGAAUUGUCUGACACAUCCUUGGUUAACGCAGUGUGCAGAAAAGAUGAGUCAAGUAGUUUUAUCCACAGAUAAAUUGAAAAAUUUCAUUAUUAGACGAAAGUGGCAGAAGACUGGCAAUGCUAUUCGUGCUUUGGGGAGAAUGGCGAUCCUUUCGGCUAAAAGUCGAAAAAAUACAUUGACCGAAGCAGCAUCUGGGGAAUUUGAAAAUUUUGAUUCAUCUUAUGACGAUUCACCAAAAGAUAAUCCCGAUUCACUAAAGUUAACAUCACACUAUCCCACAAAUAAUUCUUCACCAGAGAUAAUCAACGAUGAAGAAUCAUUGAUAAUGAAAGGCACACGUUUAGAGAAAAAUUUCAACAUGGCCACUUCCGAUGAAAGAAAUUAUUUUUCACAAGGAGAAUGCAAAAAGGAAACAAAACAUGGAUUAUUUGAUGAAAGUGGAGAAAUAUGCGAAAUCAUAGCUUUUGGCAGAGAUGAUAAUAUCAGUAACAAAGAUAUGAAUAUUUCAGCACUAAGUCAAGAUUCGCAGGAGAUGAAUGUAGUGUUAGAUGACAAAAAAUUAAAACCAUCUUUUUUUUUUAAUAAUUUUUCAACCAUUUACGAAAUGACUCUUGAGAAUGUUGAAGGACCCACUCCAAAUGAACGUGAAAUGCCCCUAUUAUCUCGAAAUUCUUUUAGCACUUGUGAUGACACUGUUUUAUUGAAUAAGGAUAGUUGUGAAACUAAUAACCUGCAGCUGGAUAAUGAAGAUGAAGAAGGUGAGAUCCCAAGGAUAAUAACAACAACAACAAUGACAUCCUUGCGACAUGUACGAACCGGGAAUGUUAGCCGCACUGCAAAACUUUUUGAAACAGCAGAAGAUGUGUCAGUAGUACUUCAGCAUCCAUCUAGUGGCUUAAAUUUACCUUCUACUAGAGGCGCACGACUACACAAUGAAAGAAUUCGCAAAGUCUUCGAAUUUUGGAAUAAAUAGCAAUUAUAUAUAUUCAUCAACUUUUUUAAUAACGAAACGUACUCUCAAAUAUCCCUAAAAAAAUGUCCCGCAAGUGAAUGUCAUAGAAAAAAUGAAGUAUUAUAUAUUAUUUACUGGGGAUAUAUCUUAAGAAUUAACAAGUUCCCAAAUGAAAAUAAAAAUCACAAAUGGAACAUCCA